AUGAGUCUAGCACUUGACGAAAAUAUUGCACUUGUUCUACACAAGGUUGAUGACCUUCGUUUGGAGCCUUUUCCAGUCACCGAACCAAAAGAUGGAGAAGUUCUACUUGAAAUGCAAAGUGUUGGAAUCUGUGGUAGCGAUGUACACUAUUGGAAACGAGGCGCGAUUGGAGAUUUCAUCGUUCGUGCACCGAUGGUACUCGGUCAUGAGAGUUCAGGCAAAAUCAUAAAAGUCGGACCGAAUGUGAAAAAUCUAAAAGAAGGUGAUCGUGUGACUAUCGAACCUGGUGUACCUUGUCGUCGAUGUGAUUUUUGCAAAACUGGUCGUUACAACCUUUGUCCAGAUGUUGUGUUUCUUGCCACACCACCUGUUCAUGGAAGUAUCGCACGCUACCAUACGCACGCUGCUGAUUUUUGCUUUAAAUUACCAGAUCAUGUCACUUAUGAAGAAGGCGCAUUUUGUGAGCCGUUAAGUGUUGGUGUACAUGCUUGCCGUCGUGCUGGUGUUACUAUUGGCUCGAAAGUUUUGAUUACUGGAGCUGGACCUAUUGGCCUUGUCAGCAUGUUAGCUGCAAAAGCCAUGGGAGCUGAUACGAUCAUCAUGACCGAUAUUAGCCAAGCUCGGCUUGAUUUUGCCAAGACAGUUGGAGCUACUUAUAUCCUACUUGCUGAUAAUGAUGCACAGAAAACAGCACAGAAGGUAACAGAAACACUUGGAUGUAUGCCAAAUAUAUCCAUUGAAUGUUCUGGUGCUGAAUCAUCCAUUCAAACAACAUUCUACGGCACAGCUUCAGGAGGUGUGGUCGUUCUUGUUGGACUUGGACGUCCAUUAGCAUCGUUACCUAUUGUCAAUGCUGCUGUUCGUGAAAUCGAUAUUCGCGGUGUCUUUCGUUAUGCUAAUUGUUAUCCAGCUGCCUUGAGCUUGAUCGCAUCUGGUCGUAUCGAUGUUAAGCCAUUGAUCACGCAUCGAUAUGAUAUUAAGGAAUCUGUUCAAGCUUUUGAAAUGGCUGAAAGUGGACAAGCCAUUAAAGUUAUGAUUAAAUGUGGCAAAGAAGUUCAAAACUAG